AGCUGCAAGUUCUAGGGACAGAUGGCCCUGACUUCAUGUCCCUGUUCCCCUACGUUUUGGGACAUGACCCAAACACAUGCUCUUUAGGGCUCCCUUAAUUCAUGACUCAAUCCUCAGCCCGGCAGAGCUAGAAUCUUCCCUCUUCUACCCCUCGGGGCCCAAGAAAUGCAUCUGAACCCCCUGGAGCGAGCCUGAGCCCCUGUCCCUUGUGGUGGCCAAGGACUGUCUCUCACCUUGAAGUUUGCACUUGGUGCCAUGGAGGGACAGACCCCUGGAAGCAGAGGCCUUUCGGAAAAGCCGGCGACCGCCAGCCCUGGUCUGUCCUCACUGGGUGCUGUGUUCAUCCUCCUGAAGUCUGCGCUGGGGGCCGGCCUGCUCAACUUCCCCUGGGCUUUCCACAGAGCUGGCGGGGUGGCCCCCGCCUUCCUGAUCGAGCUGGUCUCCUUGGUCUUCCUGAUCAGCGGGCUGGUCAUCCUGGGCUAUGCUGCCUCCGUCAGUGGCCAGGCCACCUACCAGGGCGUGGUUGGAGGGCUGUGCGGACCUGCCGUCGGGAGGCUGUGUGAGGCCUGCUUCAUCGUCAACCUGCUCAUGAUCUCCGUGGCCUUCCUCAGGGUGAUCGGGGACCAGCUGGAGAAGCUGUGUGACUCCCUGCUGCCCGGCGCUCUGCCGGCCCCGCCACCCUGGUACGCCGACCAGCGCUUCACCUUGACCCUGCUCUCCGUGCUGGUCAUCCUGCCCCUGUCGGCCCCGAAGGAGAUCGGGUUCCAGAAAUUCACGAGCAUCCUAGGCACCCUGGCCGCCUGCUACCUGGCCCUGGUCAUCAUGGUGCAGUACUACCUCGGGCCCCAGGGCCUCGCUCGGGAGCCCCGCCCUGCACUCAGCCCUCCCUCCUGGACCUCCGCAUUUAGUGUCUUCCCCACCAUCUGCUUCGGAUUUCAGUGUCAUGAAGCUGCUGUCUCCGUCUACUGCAGCAUGCGCCGCCAGAGCCUGUCCCACUGGGCCCUGGUCUCCGUGCUGUCCCUGCUGGCCUGCUGCCUCGUCUACUCGCUGACAGGCGUGUAUGGCUUCCUGACCUUCGGGACUGAAGUUUCUGCGGACAUCUUGAUGUCCUACCCGGGGGACGACGGGGUCAUCAUCGUCGCCCGAGUCCUCUUCGCCGUCUCCAUUGUGACCGUCUACCCCAUUGUGCUCUUCCUGGGGAGGUCGGUGAUGCAGGACUUCUGGAGGAGGAGCUGCUGCCAGGCGCGUGGGCCCAGGGCCCUGGCCGACCCCUCGGGGCUGGGGGUCCGGGUGCUGCUGACCAUCCUGUGGGUCGCCGUGACGCUCGCCAUGGCCCUGCUCCUGCCGGACCUCAGCGAGAUCAUCGGCAUCAUCGGUGGCAUCAGUUCCUUCUUCAUCUUCAUCUUCCCAGGUCUGUGCCUCAUCUGUGCCAUCGGCGCCGAACCGAUAGGACCACGAGUCAAGUGCUGCCUGGAGGUCUGGGGAGUGGUGUCCGUGCUCCUGGGCACCUUCAUCUUCGGGCAGAGCACCGUGGCAGCCGGCCUGGAGCUCGCGAGGGGCGGCCAGGCCUGAGCAGGAGGGGCACCUCCACAGCCACCCUGGUGCGGCUCCCUGGUCCAGCCGCGA